CGGUCCACAUCUACACAUUAGCUAAAGCUAGGUAGGGCAAGAUAACGACAAACUAUUUUAGGAAGGUAAUGCGAGCCUUUUAAUAAGGCUGAUGAUUUUAUCAAUCAUUGUUAUAGUUUAAUAAAGGGUAAAGUAUUAUCCUGUAGUUUAUGGACGACCAGCUGUUUUGAAGAAUAUUUGAACUGCCUCAGGUAACGUUGAAUUAAAAAUGCCCCUGCACGGGAAAAUUGUUGUUAUCAAAAGGAGUGGAGGAGAUGGGACUGAGUUUCCUCUGACUGCAUCAUGCUUAUUUGGAAGGAAACCUGACUGCGACAUUCGCAUUCAACUUCCCCAAGUCUCCAAGGAGCAUUGCAGGAUUGAGUUGAAUGAAAAUAAAGAGGUUAUUUUAACCAAUUUGAGUUCAGUGAACCCGACCCGUGUCAAUGGGGAGGUUUUUCAGCAGUCUGAAUGUUUGAAACAUGGAGAUCUAAUCACAAUUAUUGACCGUUCUUUCAGGUUUGAAUACCCUCCUGCACCCACUCCAAAGAAAAAUAGAUCUUCUACUGCUAGCAAAAGUGAAACUCCUCAGGUUUUACAUGAAACCCAAGCGAGGGAUACCAGCGCUAAAGAUGGAACCAACACUUCUGAUGUCAAACCCAAGGAGGAUGGAAGUCUUGAACAGAACAAGCCGAGCUCCCCCUUCUGUGAGCUGUACCAAAUGUUCAAACAAGAUCUGGAUUCCAAGACUCCAAAGAAAGCACCUGGAACACCUGCUUCAAGGCUUUGCCCACAGAACCCUAUCUCAACCAAGAAAGUGGAUGGGGCGUCUGUCAUUUCCACACCCAAGAAGGCGGAAACUGAAAAUGUGUCACCUAUCACUGGAGUGACUCCAAAAUCAGCUCAGAAGAAGCGAAAGUCCCUCAAAGGUUUGGUUGUUGAGGGGAAUGUGCCAGUUGAAGAUUUCACCCAACUGCCUCAAUCUAUUCAAGAUACUCCCAAAGGUAAAAGGCGUUCUUCAAAGUCCAGAACACCCACUACGGUUGAAGAAAAAUCCACCCCUGUUUCUCAGAGGAAAAGUCGCCCGGCAACCCCCGAGAAAUUCACUGCUCGUGAAGUGGUUGAGCAUAUUUCUGAGUGUCCGACUGCAGAAACCCAUAAGACCCCCACUAGAAGGAGGAGCAAAGAAGCCACUCCUAUCAAAUCUUUGGUAACUGGGGUAGAACCACCUGCUGAUGCUGUCAUCUCAAACCAAGACCAGGCCGUACUAACUGAGAAUUCCACGCCAAGUACUCCUAAGACAGAGUUCUCCCGCUCUCCAAGGUCUGCUGGGAAAAAGCUUCAAGCUCAUGAUGUGCUUUGUGAGCUGGAGGCGACCACACCCACCAAUGUUAAACAGUCGUCUGCUAAGAAACGGAAGAGUGGAGAACUUGAAACUGAAUUUCCAACACCGCUGUGCAAGAGGAAAAGGGUUUCAUUCGGAGGUCAUUUGGAGCCGGAACUGUUCGAUAAACGUCUUCCUCCUGACUCCCCACUAUGCAAAGGAGCCACUCCUGGACGGCGAAGCCUGUGUGUCCCCAAAACGAAACAGUCACUCCUCAGGAGAGCGUCUGCAAUUGGUCUGAUAAAGGAGCAUGAACAAUCUGCCCCAGAGAGUCUUAAAGUGAAAGGAAGUCCAGGAAAGAACGCAUCUCCCAAGACUCCCUCGCCUGCCAAGAAGUCACCGAAGGCAACUCCCAAGACUCCCUCACCUGCCAAGAAGUCACCGACGGCAACUCCCAAGACUCCCUCACCUGCCAAGAAGACACCGAAGGCAACUCCCAAGACUCCCUCACCUGCCAAGAAGACACCGAAGGCAACUCCCAAGACUCCCUCACCUGCCAAGAAGUCACCGAAGGCAACUCCCAAGACUCCCUCACCUGUCAAGAAGACACCGAAGGCAACUCCCAAGACUCACUCAUCUGCCAAGAAGACGCCGAAGGCAACUCCCAAGACUCCCUCACCUGCCAAGAAGUCACCGAAAGCUAAAACUCCAUCUCCAGGUAAAGAGAAGACCCAGAAAACCGCUGUGAAGACUCCAUCUCCUGCUCGAAGAAAGUCUCCAUUAAAAGAUGGAUCUCAAACACCCAAGGCUGGAAAAACUCAGAAGACCCCUGCAAGUUUGCCUUCAGCCAACACAACACCCACCAUGCAAGGCCGGUUCUCAGUGUCCCUCAUCAGCACCCCAUCACCCACCACAGACCAGGACUCUGUCCUACAGACUUCUGUCACUGUAACGCCUCGUGUUCCCUUGAGGCGAACAAGCAUGAAGUCUACCUCGAAGACAAUAAAGAACAGCGCAAUAACGAAUGCCCUGCAAGUCAUCCGUAGAAGAAGUGGUGUUUCUCGGGCAUCAAUGAAAGUUGUGAAUUCCUGGGCUGACAUUGUGAAGUUUGGCCAGACCAAGGCCCAAGCUGUUAUCCCAACCAAGAGAACUUCCACCCGAGUGACUAAGACGAAGACUGUUGUACCAAAACCCAAGACGCCUACGAGGAAACUCAUAGGACAUGUCAGCACUGGUCAUGCAGAUUCACCUGUGACCAUUGUUGUGGGCAAAGCUCACAGGCUGAAAGCCAUUCAGCCAAGUGGGGCUGCCCCAAAGCUUGUCCACAACAUUGCACUGCUAAGAAAUAACAUGAGAAUGGAUGAGGAUUUGUCAGGAGUUGCAGACAUGUUCAAGACCCCUGCAAGGCAGAGUAAGUCUGUGGUCAAUGUGCAGAGUGCCCUCAAGACCCCCCAGAGAUCCCAGUCUACAUCUAUGAUUGACUCAUCACUGAUGAAUACCCCAGAGGAGACUAGUGAAAUGGUGGUGUCUCCACUUUUUGUUUCUACUGCUCAACGGGGAGCAUACAACAGCGAUGCAGUCACUAGACUCCUUCGGGAUGAUCAAGAAUCCAGUUUCAUCACUGCAAAUGCCACUGAGGAAGCUGACUCACAUACUGCACAAAAUGAGAUUCCUGCCUUAGAGAUGUCUUCCGAAGAAUCGAAGGAAGAACAGCAGCCAGAAUCGGAAAAAAUGAUUUUGACUCCCAAACAGAAGAAACCUGAACAACCCGAGUGUCUCACUGGAGUGAAGAGGAUUAUGAAGACCCCAAGACAGAAGGUUCAACCCAUUGAAGACCUCAGAGGAAAACUGUUGAAAACUCCCAAACAGAAACUUGAGCAACCCGAAUGUCUCACUGGCGUGAAGAGGAUCAUGAAGACCCCAAGACAGAAGGUUCAACCCAUUGAAGACCUCAGAGGAAAACUGAUGACAACUCCAAGAGGGCCUAAGGCUGCUCAGGAAGUAAGCUUAGAUGGUAUGAAGGAACUCCUGAUGACCCCCAAACAAAUCGCUGAACCUGUUGAAGAGAUUUCUGGUAAAGCCCAAGAUGAUGACAAUGUCCACAGCGAGACAAAAGAGAUUCAAGGCGACUCUAUUUCUCCUAAAUGCCUCUCAGGUAACGUUGAAUUCAAAAUGCCCUUGUACGGGAAAAUUUUUGUAAUCAAAAGGAGUGGAGGAGAUGGGACUGAGUUUCCACUGACUGCAUCAUGCUUAUUUGGAAGGAAACCUGACUGCGACAUUUGCAUUAAACUUCCCCAAGUAUCCAAGGAGCAUUGCAGGAUUGAGUUGAAUGAAAAUAACGAGGUUAUUUUAACCAAUUUGAGUUCCGCGAACCCGACCUGUGUCAAUGGGGAGGUUUUGCAGCAGUCUGAACGUUUGAAACAUGGAGAUCUAAUCACAAUUAUUGACCGUUCUUUCAGGUUUGAAUACCCUCCAGCACCCACUCCAAAGAAAAAUAUAUAUUCUAAACAGAACACUCCAAGAGGGCCUAAGGCUGCGCAGAAAGUAAGCUUAGAUGGUGUGAAGACCCCCAAACACAUCGCUCAACCUGUUGAAGAGAUUUCUGGUGACGCCCAAGAGAUUUCGGAUGCCAUGACGACAGUGGAGGUAGUGGAAGAGCUUGCUGCUGCUCCUUCUGAGGCAGUGGAGGAAGAACAACUUGCUGCUCUUGCUGAGGCAGUAGAGGAAGAACAGCCUGCUGCUUUUGCUGAGGCAAUGGAGGAAGAACAACCUGCUGCUCUUGCUGAGGCAGUGCAGGAGGUAGAAGAGCCAGUUGCUGCGCCUGCUGAGGCAGUGGAGGUAGUGCCAGUUGCUGCACCUGCUGAGGCAGUGGCGGUAGAAGAGCCAGUUGCUGCACAUGCUGAGGCAGUGGCGGUAGAAGAGCCAGUUGCUGCAUCUGCUGAGGCAGUGGCGGUAGAAGAGCCAGUUGCUGCACAUGCUGAGGCAGUGGAGGUAGAAGAGCCAGUUGCUGCAUCUGCUGAGGCAGUGGCGGUAGAAGAACCAGUUGCUGCAUCUGCUGAGGUAGAAGAGCCAGUUGCUGCAUCUGCUGAGGUAGAAGAGCCAGAUGCUGCAUCUGCUGAGGCAGUGGUGGUAGAAGAGCCAGUUGCUGCAUCUGCUGAGGUAGAAGAGCCAGUUGCUGCUUCUGCUGAGGCAGUGGCGGUAGCACAUCUGAACAGUGAAGAGCCUGCUGCACCUUCUGUUCCAGUAAAAGGUAGAAGAGGCAAGAAAACGGAGGGGAUUGUUCCACCACCUGCCAGACCAUCUGCUAGAGGGAGAGCGGCAAGGCGUAAUGAAACCAGUAGCGUUGAGGCACCAGCGGAAACUAUGGACUCUGUGGAUGUCCCAGAGAAAAUGGCAGCUGACCCAGGUCCUGCUGAAAAGCCAAAGAGAGGAAGAAAGGCCAAACAGGCUUCUGUAGAGAAAGUUGAAACAGUGCAGGAGAAUGCUGUUGAAAGUGAGAGUGCUGAAAUUCCUCCAAUUGAGGACCAACAGCCAACUUCUGAUGUCCCUGUGGAAAAACCCAGAAGAGGAAGAAAGGCCAAACAGGCUUCUGUAAAACAAGUUGAAACUGUGCCGGAGAACACUGUUGAAGCCGUGAAUGUUCCUGUCACUGAGAAGGUUGAGGCCCAGACUCCAGUCUUUAGAUCUAAGAGAGGAAGAAAACUGGAUUCAGUAGAAAAAGUUGAAGCGGAGGUUCUUGAAAUUCCUCCAAUUGAGAUUGUGGAAGCCAAGGAAAUGCCUGCUAGUGUUGCUGUUGAGAAACCACGGGCAAGAGGAAGACGGGCUAAACAGGAGUCUGAAGAAGCCAAAACAAUGGAAGAAAAUGUUGCUGAAGUUGUGGCGGUUGAUAUUCCUCCUACAGAAACGGUGGAGGCCCUAGUCCCUGUUGCAAAACCCAAAAGAGGAAGAAAGACUAAGCAGGAGUCUGUAGAGCAAGUGGAGUCUGUGAGUGGUGAAACUCCCAUCGAACAGGUUGAGGCACAGGAGCAGGCCACUGUGGCUCCAGUUGAGAAACCCAAAAGAGGAGGAAGAAAGACUAAGCAGGCUUCUGUAGAGCAAGUUGAGGAUCACCCUGUUGAGUCUCUGACUGUUGAAGUCCAGGAGCAGACUAACGUGGCUCUGGUUGAGAAACCCAAAAGAGGAGGAAGAAGGACUAAACAGGACCCUGAGUGUGUCGUCCCGCCAGUAUCCACAGAGACUCCGGAGGAAACGUCUGCUCCCCCUACCGAGAAACCUAAAAGAGGAGGAAGAAGGACUAAGCAGGCUUCUGUUGAGCCUGUUGAGGAUCACCCCGUUGAGUCUCUGACUGUUGAAGCCCAGGAGCAGACUACCGUGGCUCCGGUUGAGAAACCUAAAAGAGGAGGAAGGACUAAACAGGACCCUGAGAGUGUCGUCCCGCCAGUAUCCACAGAGACUCAGGAGGAAACGUCUGCUCCCCCUACCGAGAAACCUAAAAGAGGAGGAAGAAGAGCAAAGCAGCAGAAGGUUCCUGAAGUGGUGGAAGUUGAGAACAUGGUAGUGAAGGAGGUCCACCUUUCUGCACAAACUGAGGAGGUUGAUGCUAAACCAGAGCGUGAAGAGACCGUUGCUGAGGCUGAAGAACUGCUGGAAGCUCGUGUUGUCAAACCAGGAUGGGGAAGGAAGGCAAGAGCUGUUGUGAAGGAUGAAGUGCCUGCCAAGCGGGCACGCAGAGGAGCAGCUGAUUCCACAAAGGUGACCACUGCUGCAGAAGCAACUGUCGAAGUUCCAAAUGAGCCUGUCAAGCGAGCCAGAAGGGCAGCUAAAUCCAAAGUCUCUGCGGAUGAAACCACCAUUGCAGCCGAGAGCGCUCCAUUGGAGUCUGAGGUAACAGACACUGAGGUCAUGACUGUUGUGGUUAAAAAAGGAAGAGGAAAAGCCCCUAAAAAGGGAAAUGUUUCUGAAACUACCUCUGACAAGGCAAAUUAUAUUGAAGGCAUGGAAACCAUUGACGAAGACUCAAAAAAUAACUCAACGUCUGUGAAUUGGAAACCUGAUUUGGAAGUUACACACAAGGUCACCCCUCUUCCUAAACAGAAGAAAUCCAGACGGAAUGAUACUGUUCCUGUUACUGAGGUUGAAGAACAGCCUGAACGGAUUGAAGAACAGCAGGUUGUGAAGGCAGUGCGAGGAAGAAGGGCAAGAACUAAUGUCGAGGUCAAAGAGGAGACUGUACAAUCAACACCCUCAAAAAGGGCACGCCAUAGCGCCCCAGAGACCGCCGCUGCUGAAGCCACGGUCCCCAUUUCAAAGCCUGUAAACAAAAGAAAUAUGAAAACUGAAGAGCCAGAUCUCUCCGAUAAAGCUGUUCCGAAGGAGCCUGUCAAGAAAACAAGAGGAGCAGCAAAGUCUACUGAUGCAGCUACCAUUGAGGCCACUAGCACUGCUCCUGCUGUCCCGGAGGAAUUGCCAGAGACCGUCUCAGAAGCCACAGUUGUGACAGCUACAAAAGGAAGAGGUAAAGCGCCAAAAAAGGGAAAAGCUGUAUCUCAGGAAAUUGACAUUGAGCAAGCUACCGAGUCAGAGCAGCCAAGUAAGCCCCGCAGAGGUAGAGCGGCAAGAAAAUAGAGCAUAGGCAUUCAUAGAUUUUUGUUUGUUUAAUACUUUGGUAUAAAAAUGCUAAUGCGUGAUUGCUCAAUUUAUUAUUUUUAUUUUUUGUUGUCUGGUGUUAUAGUUAGAUGUAUAAUUGAAGUCCUUAGCAGUGCUUUACUAGAUUUAGAUUAUUGGUCUUAAUUGUGGUUAUUUUUGCUACAUUGUCUUACAAUCCUUUUAAAAUGUAAAAAAAUAUUAUGGUUUUCUAUUCAGUCUGCAAAUACUUUGGGGGAAAAUGGUUCAUAUUAAAAAUCUUAAAUUAA